GAGUCCCGUGCCCUUGGGAAGUUGGUGCAGACGAUGUUCAUCUUGUGUGUGUUGGUGACUUGCGUUUCUGCUCUCACCACUUCGUCAGUGGAACACGCAGAAAGGGUUUCUGGAACCCCCACUACGCCAGAGAAACACACAGAGCUUGGAGACAACUGCAGAUUUCGUGGCAGAGAGUUCAAAUCUGAAUUCCGGCUAGAAGGUGAGCCUGUAGUUCUGCGGUGCCCUCUGAUGUGGUCUUAUUCAGAUGCCUCCACCAGUUCCUACCCCUUUCUGACCUGGCGUAAAAUGAACUCAUCUCAGCUAAUCCCGGGAGAUGAGCCAAGGCUGUGGGUGAAGGAUGCCUCCCUCUGGGUUCUGCCAGCAGUGCAGCCAGACUCUGGGACCUACAUCUGCACAUUCAGAAACGCAUCUCAUUGUGAGGAGAUGUCCAUUGAGCUCAAGGUUUUCAAGGACACUGAAGCAUCCCUGCCAUUUGUUUCCUACUCGCAAAUCUCAACCGUUUCUACCACCGGGUUGCUAGUGUGCCCUGACCUGAAAGAAUUCAUUGGCAAAACCGGUGGAAAUGUCCAGUGGUAUAAGGGCUCUGUCCUCUUGGAUAGAGACAGUAAGAAAUUCCUCAGAGUGCGAGACCCUACACGCUUACUGAUCUCCAACACAUCCCUGGAAGAUGCCGGCUUUUACAGAUGUGUCGCCACAUUUCUCCACAAGGGCACGAAAUACAACAUCACUAGGAAUAUUAAGCUCCGUGUUGAAGAAAUGACCGCGGAAUCCAUCCCUGUGAUUAUCUCUCCCCUAGAGACAAUACCAGCAUCUCUGGGGUCAAGACUCAUAGUCCCGUGCAAGGUGUUUCUGGGAACUGAUACAUCUUCUAACACCAUUGUGUGGUGGAUGGCUAACAGCACUUUUAUCUCAGUGGCCUACCCAAGAGGCCGUGUGACCGAGGGGCUACUCCACCAAUAUUCAGAGAACAAUGAGAACUAUGUGGAAGUGUCGCUGAUUUUCGAUCCAGUCACAAGGGAGGAUCUCAACACGGACUUUAAAUGUGUGGCCAAGAAUCCAAGGAGUCUUCAGUCACUCCAUACCACAGUCAAAGAAGUCUCCUCCACGUUCUCCUGGGGCAUUGCGUUGGCACCCCUGUCACUGGUCUUCCUGGUUGUGGCGGGAAUAUGGAUGCACAGACGGUGUAAACAGAGGGCUGGACUGACCAAGCUACGGACUGACAACCAGGACUUUCCUUCCGGCCCAAGCCAAAUAAAGGAAAUGAACUAA